GCCGAGCCCCUGCGCGCCUUCUCCGUGUUGGAGCCCGGCGGGCCCGGCGGCUGCGCGUCCAGGCGCCGCGCCACCGUGGAGGACACGGCACGGGUGGCCGGCUGCAGUGUAGCCCAGAACGGCGGCUUCUUCCGCAUGGACACGGGCCAGUGCCUGGGGAACGUGGUGAGCGACGGGCGACGGGUGAGCAGCUCCGGGGGGCUGCAGAACGCGCAGUUCGGGAUCCGCCGCGACGGGACCCUGGUCACCGGGUAUCUGUCUGAGGAGGAGGUGCUGGACACCGAGAACCCCUUCGUGCAGCUGCUCAGUGGUGUCGUGUGGCUGAUUCGUAAUGGAAGCAUCUACGUCAAUGAGAGCCAGGCCACUGAGUGUGAUGAGACCCAGGAGACAGGUUCCUUUAGCAAGUUCGUGAAUGUGAUAUCAGCCAGGACGGCUGUGGGCCACGACCGGCAGGGGCGCCUGGUACUUUUCCACGCGGAUGGGCAGACGGAGCAGCGGGGCAUCAACCUGUGGGAGAUGGCGGAGUUCCUGCUGAAGCAGGACGUGGUCAACGCCAUCAACCUGGACGGAGGCGGCUCUGCCACUUUCGUGCUCAACGGGACCUUGGCCAGUUACCCGUCAGAUCACUGCCAGGACAACAUGUGGCGCUGUCCCCGCCUGGUGUCCACGGUGGUUUGUGUGCACGAGCCCCACUGCCAGCCGCCAGACUGCAGCGGCCACGGGACCUGCGUGGCGGGGCGCUGCCAUUGCACGGGGCACUUCUGGCGGGGUGCAGCCUGCGACCAGCUGGACUGCGGCCCCGCCAACUGCAGCGGCCACGGGCUGUGCACUGAGACUGGCUGCCGCUGCGAAGCCGGAUGGACGGGGGCCAGCUGCAGUGAAGCCUGCAGCAAUGGCUCCUUCGGCCAGGACUGCGCCCGCAAGUGUCUGUGUCGGAACGGAGCUGCCUGCGACCCGGCCCAGGGGACCUGCCUCUGUCCCCCUGGCUUCACUGGGGACACCUGUGAGCAGGAGUGUCCGCUCGGCUGGCAUGGGCCGGGCUGCCAGCAGCCUUGCAGGUGUGCGCACCAGUGCCCCUGCGACCCCCAGACGGGCGAUUGCAGCCUCUCUGGGUCGCCUGCCCGGAACAGCCUCGUCGCCCAAGUGAAGCAGUGUCUGCAGCCCCCGGAGGCUGCCAUCAGGACAGGCCAACUCCCCCUUCUCACUGGGACCGCCUGGCUGGCCCUCACCCUGAGCCUGGUUUUCCUGCUGCUGCUCUGCGCCGUGGCCAACGUGUCCUUGCUGAUGGGCUCAAGAGCCAAGCGGGCCCGGCACCUCGGCGGGGCCUACGUGUACCAUCCGCUGCAGGAGCUGAGCGGGGAGGCCCUGGCGGCGGAGAAGGAGCAGCUGGGUGAUGCCCGCAGCCCCUUCAAGGACUGAGGCGCUGCGCUGCCCCAGCCGACUCCCGCAGGCCCAUCCCCACGGGGAGCGCCCAGAGCCGCCGACUCCUCAGGUGGUCUCAGCCAGGGCUGCAACCCAGCUGCUGGUAGCUCCCACGCCCCACACUGCUCCUGGCUGCCUCACCUGGGGGCCUCACCUGGCUGCCAGCGUGCCCCAAGUAAGGGUAGACGCUGCGCCUUCCCCGCCUGCCCGUGUCCGCUGCGCCGAGGCCUGGCCCCCCAGGACCUGCCAGCUGCCAAAGAGCCCCAGGUGGGGGUUUCAAGCAAGCGAACCCCGGUGCCUGAGCCGUGACCGAGCCUGCCAGCCCCUGACCAGGCGUGAGGAGGCUCCUGCGCACGGCGCCCUCUCUUCAGACCUCAUCGCCAGAUUAGCCGAGAAUUCUGCUUCCUGCUCAGGGAGCUACUUAGGAUCAAGGAGGAAGUGAUCGUGUUUGCAGGCUUCCUUCCUGGUCAUCCCGCUGCCCAGAAGGUUUUUCUAUCAUUUGAAUAAUAAAUUGAUUUAAUAAAAGGCA